ACUGGGAUUGCAGGAGUUACUGGGAUUACUGGCAUCACUGGUGUUGCUGGCACUGCUGGUGUUACUGGAGUUACUAAUGCUGGAGGUGUUGCUGGCUUUACUGGAUUUCGUGAUGUUACUGGUGUUGCUGGGCUGUUGGAGGGCGGGGUUACUGGCAUUUGCUGGUGGUUACUGGUGUUAUUGGAGUUAUUAGGCUCUGGAGGAAUUAAGUAACUGGAGUUAGUGGAAACUGCCAUGGGGGUAUGCGGGGGGUGGCUGCCACUUCGGUUUCCAUGCACGGCUUCCCCUGGAAGCCCCCGGUCUGGGCGGCUGCUUGGGGGCCAUGUGUCCCCCGUGGGUGUCCCUCUGCCCCCCCCCGUGGGUGCCCUUGUGUCCCGUGUGUGUCUGCCGUGGGUGCUGUGGGCAUCCACGUGUCCCUGCAGGUGUCCGUGGGUCCCACGUUUUCCCCACGCAUCCCCCAUGGGCAUCCGUGGGUCUACCCCGGUGUCUGCAUGUGACCCUGUGCCCCCCUGUGGGUGCCAUCCGUCCCCUCCCCGCAGGACCAUGACCCUGGGGCUGCCACUACUGCUGCUGGUGUUGACGCUGCCAAGGGUGCAGGGGGGGGUAGGACCCCCCCCUGGACCCCCACCGGGCUCCCCAGAGCUCCCCUGUGGGGCCGCGGCACUGGAGGCAGUGCUGGGGCGCCUGCGGGAGCUGGAGGGAGAAGUGCGGGCGCUGCAGGGACGGUGCGGGGACAACGGGGGGCCCCAGGCCGGCACCGGGCGCACGGCAGCGCGGGGACUGUGCAGCACCCCGGAGGCUGGGGGCUGCGGGUGCGGGUGCCAGCUGGGGGAGGGCGGGGGGGGCCUCCCCUGCCCCGAGCCCCGAUGCCCCCUCGACUGCAGUGACCAAGGCCGCUGCCGGGCUGGCCGCUGCCACUGCUUCGCCGGCUUCACCGGGCCAUCCUGUGCUACACCUGCCUGCCCCCCCGGCCGUGGUGGGCCCCACUGCACCCUCGAGAUCCCCGCAGUGACACCGCGCUUGGCUGCACGCAACCAGACAUCCUUCCGUGUGACCUGGCCUCGGCCGGGCAUCCCCGUGGAUGGCUACCAGGUGGUCCUCAUCCCCAUGGAUGAACCAGCAGCAAUGGCCACCCACGAACUGCCUGGCUCUGCUGUCACCUUCGAGGUGACAGGGCUGGUGCCUGGAAGCGCCUUCGAGCUCUUCAUCCAGGCCCAGCGGGACCAGCACCUCGGGAUGCCUGGCACCCUGCGCGUCCGCACAUUGAUUGCCCAGCCCCUGCCCACCCACGGGGGGCCCCUGGGGUCCCCUACAUUCCUGGCAUCUCCAGUGGCCCCAGCAUCACCAUCAGCCCGAGGGUCUCCAGCAUCCCCACGGUCCCCAGUGUCACCAGCGUCCCCAGGGUCACCAGGGUCCCUGGGAUCCCCAGCAUCACCAGUAUCACCGGAUGCAUCCCCAGUCUUACCAGGGUCCUUGGGGUCACCAGCGUCCCCGACAUCUCCAAGGUCACCGGGAUCCCCAGCAUCUCCAGGGUCCCCGAGGUCACCAGCAUCCCCGAGGUCUCCAGUGUCACCAGUGUCCCCGGCAUCACCAGCUUCCCCUGAAUCUUCAUGGUCACCAGUGUCCCCAAGGUCCCCAGAGGCACCAGCAUCCCCAGUAUCCCCAAGGUCACCUGCAGUUCCACGGUCCCCAGCAUCACCGCAGUCCCCCAUUUUACUUUCGUCUCCCAAGUCCCCGGUCUCCCCAGCAUCCCCCGUGUCCCCAGUGCUCCCAGGUGUUCCAUCUCUGCAUGACCUGGGGGCUAAGCUCUCGUCCUACAAUGGGUCUUUGCUGCAGCGCCUGGAGAGCCACCUCCGGGCCACGGCCUUCCCUCUCCGGGGCAACCAGACAGUGCCCGCAGUGGCCCGUGCCAUCCUCUCCUACCUGCUUCGCCGCAGCCCAGCCUCGCUGCGCUACCAGUUCCUCCGCCACCUCCACCAGAGUCCCCACCCCAAGCCCCAGCUUAUGCCGGGGGCUGCCGGAGAGGCCCUUGUGGACCUGGAUGGGCUGCGGGGCCACUCAGAGACUGUGGUGAUCCGCUACCGGCCCCUGGGGGAGCCGGAGGGGGCCGAGGGGGAGCUGCGGGUGCCAGGGGACACAGCAGUGGCCCGGGUGCCAGGGCUGGUUCCAGGGGCCAUGUACCGGGUGGAGGUGCAUGGCGUGGUGCAGGGGCGCGUCUCCAAGUCCUACACGUCCCUGGUGACCGCAGGGGUAGGUGGCACCAAUGAGCCCCCGAUAGACUGGGAGCAUCUGUAUGAGAUGGAGCUGACCGAGCCUCAAGGUGCCAUGGCAAAAGCAGCCCCGUCAGAGGAGGAACCACCACAGCGGCCUCGCUUGGGCGAGCUCACGGCCUCCCACGUGACACCCAACUCCGUCCAGCUGGAAUGGAACGUCCUUGAAGGCACCUUUGACUCCUUCACGGUGCAGUACAGGGAUGCACAGGGCCAGCCACAGGCACUUGCUGUGGACGGUGGGUCCCGCACAGUGACUGUUCCUGGGCUGUUGCCCUCCCGCCGCUACAAGUUCAAUCUGUACGGGGUGUGGGGGCGGAAACGUAUUGGUCUUAUCUCCACGGAUGCCAUCACAGCCCCGGCACUCCCAAAGGAGGACCUGCCAUCCCAGCCACGCCUGGGUGAGCUCACAGCCUCCCACGUAACCCCCGACUCCAUCCAGCUGGAAUGGAGCGUCCCCAAGGGCACCUUUGACUCCUUCACGGUGCAGUACAAGGAUGCACAGGGCCAGCUGCAGGUACUGCCUGUGGACGGUGGGUCCCGCACGGUGACCGUGCCAGGGCUGUCACCAUCCCACCGCUACAAGUUCAACCUGUACGGGAUGUGGGGGCGGAAACGUCUGGGCCCCAUCUCCACCGAUGCCAUCACAGGUGAGGGCUGCUGUCCUUGUCCCUUACACACCGUGGUUUUAGAGAAAACUGGGAGCAAGGGCAAGGUCCAUCCAGGGUCUCACUGA